UUAUCAGUGUGCCCUGAUGAUCAGUGUAGCCCCAGCAGUGCCACCUGCCAGUGUCCAUCAGUGCCUUAUGUCAGUGCCUUGUGCCAGUGUCCAUCAAUGCCACAUAUCAGUGCCCAUCUGAGCUGCCUUUCAGUGUCACCCAUCAGUGCCAGUCAGUGCCACCUAUCAAUGCCAAUCAGUACCACCAGCAUCAGUGCUGCCUAUCAGCCUAUCAGUGUGUGCAUCAGUGAUGCCUAUCAAUGCCUAUCAGUGCCACCUACCAGUGCCUCCUCAUCAGUGCCCAUCAGUGCCACCUAUCAGUGCAGCCUAUCAGUGCCCAUCAGUGCAGCCUCAUUAGCGCACAUCAGUGAAGGAGAAAAAUCACUUAUUUACACAAUUUUAUAA